CGGGGCAGCGCCCCCCCGACGCGCCUUCGAGGCAAACAAAGAUGGCCUUUGGGGACAGGGGAAGGGCCCUUUGGAGGAAUACACUUCCUUUGUUCUGGGUCAUCGACGCCCUGCUUUAAGGCCUCAGCUCCGUGCGCACGGCCAGCUUCACACGGACCCAGAAGAAGAGGGCAGCCUUGAGAUGCCCGCCUGACAUCGAGCUGGAUGAUUCCGGCGCUGCCAGGAAGCGCUCCAGGACCCGCCUAAGGCCCACUGGUCCGGAUGAAGCAUUCGAAAGAGGAGGCAUGGUGGACGCACUCCAGCGGCACUCCAGCUGCAGCUGCAGCAGAAAAAGCUCCACGCUGUUCCACCUCAGCUAUCCGUCCACCUUCAGUCGCUCCAGCCAACCUGGAUUCACCUCACUUCCUCCGCUUGCACCACACGCCGCCUCGCCUGCCUUUGCCGCGAAUGAUGAGCAAUCCUUGCAACCUCGUUUUGACACCAAAGUUUGUGCGGGCUUUCGCACAGAGCAUCUCUAUCAUUUGGCCAAUCUUGCGCUUGGUGAUCGAAACGGGCAGACCUAUGAAAGAUCUUGUUUGAUGCAUCCAUGAACUCGGUUUGGUGUCGGGUGUUUGUCGGCCAUUUGGUCAAAGAGCUUUACUAAGCAAGAGAGAGUGACGUGCUUUUUGCUUGAGACACACCUGGCUGGGUCACCUCGGAAUCUUCCAUCAUUUUUGAUCGAGACUCAGACGGUGUGCAUCCGGGAGUCAUUGGGAUCUCUUGCAGAGCUACUCUGGCUGCGCAUGUUUGAUCCAAACCGUUGAGAUUGACUGCCUUUGCUCAAAGGUCCAGCUUUUGAGCCUUGACGGGCGGGAAUGACAGCUUCGAAGAAGUGCGACUUGGUCGCUGCUUGGGAGGUCGACUCUGGUCACUUUCUGGUCACUCUGGUUCUUGCUAGCUGCCAGUGCAAGCAAAGAGCUCCGCGGCGCCUUUGUUCGAUUUCGGAACAGCCUUGGUGAACUCUGACAGAGAUUUCUCAGAUCUGUCUUUCAUGCUCUGUUCCGCCACUCGACGAUCGGCGUUCUUAUGUCUCAAGAAGCCAUCGAUACCACGCACACGGCAACAUUGGAAGCUCGCUUUAUCCUGGACCUCAACGGCCAACGUCCUUUGUUUCCCUGGCACUUCCAGGCGGGGCUUUCGAACUCGCAGGUGCCACGGUGGAAGGACAGUGAUGGGCAGCGCGAAGGUUUAGACACCGCCUUUCUUCUGAGACCCUCAGAUAUCAGUCGC